AUGGUGAUAAUAAUAAAAAUGCUAAGAAAAUUUACGUCCCAAGUCACUAUCAGCCAGCUUAAGGAAAUUAAAUCGUUUCUUCCUUCCUGGCAUGUAUCGAACGACUCUUCCGAAUUAAGAAAAACUUUUCACUUUAAUAAUUCCAAAGAAGCUUGGGACUUUGUCGAUAUUGUGGGUAAAAUCGCUGCCAAGCACCAAUGCCCGCCGGCUUGGUCUCUACUCCACAAUAAAGUCGCUAUUAAAUUCCCUCCUGAGCCAUCACAAGAAUUGACAAAUGGGCAAGUGUGACUUGCAUCAUUUAUGGACAAGGCAGGAGCGCACAUUAAAGAAGAUCAUAUGAACUAG